AUGAACACCCAGAAUAUGGAUUUGGAUAUCAUAGCUGCCAAUAUCGUUACCGAAGUCAGUCCGCCAAUUGGAAACGGGGGCCCAGCAGGUUUAGAGAAGAAUGUCGAAGCCGAAAAGUCCCAAGGCGCAACAACAGAAGACACUCCAAUGAUUCAACCAGAUGCCACACAGAUUGCUGCGCAUACUGCAAAAGAUGAUUUGAUCACGAAUGGAAAACUACAGUCUGCGGAGAAAGAACUUGCGACCGAAAAUAUCGACCCUCCCGCGACGACAGACGACACUCCCAUGUCUGAACAGGAAUCUAGGGACCGCAAUCCAAGCCCGCCCCUCACUCACGCUUUAGAAGCGCUAUUGGGAGGUCUCGAUAAUCCCUCAAAUCCUGUUGAAGAGACAGUAGCGCCGGCUACCCUGCAGCCGCUUGAAAGCUCGACUUCAAUCCCCGAUACACAAAAUGUCUCAGUUAAACCUGCCCAAGCCAGUGCCAGUAAUGCCGACCCCACCGCCGUUCUGGACAAGCAGCGUGAAACCACCACCCCAGCAUUAAUCACCGUAGACCAACCCACCACCGACUCAAUUAUAGCCCAGACAUCUGGAGAAAAUGGGCAACCGCCGAAUUCUGAGCCCGCCGCCCUAGAAGAAGAAUCUCAAGAAUGGGAGAUGGACUCUUCACCUAUCGAAUCCUCCUCGGAUGACUCGUCCAGCGAUGAUAGCUCCGACGAAAGCGAGGAUGGUGACAAUGCAUACAAGCUUUUGAGCCCCGAAGAACAAGCUAGGAUAUUAAUGGAAGGAGAUGGUGGUUCAGAUGACGAGGGCAAUAAAGCAAAAGGAGCAGGAGCUCAACUACGAACGAAGAACGAGAUACCGGAGGUUGUCAUCCCCAAGCCAGACGUCACGAUUACAGAAGAUAUGACUAUUACGGAGCUAGGAGCUGUCGAGGCAAUUGUCGAAAACAUUGUGCUGGUCAAGGCGAAAAUUUCAGGUGAAUACCGAGUUCUCGAAAGCGCGUCGGUUUUAUGUCUUGCUGAUAGAAGUGUGAUUGGGGUGGUUUCUGAAACUCUUGGACGCAUUGCGGAAGCAAAAUUGGAGCUUGGCACGAAGGUGUUCUAUGCAGAGCAACAUUCAACAUAUGUUUUCACACAAGCUUUGAAAGCUUACAAGGGCUCAGAUGCCUCUAACCUGCAUGACGAGGAAGUAGGCGACGAGGAGAUGGAGUUCUCGGAUGAUGAGGCAGAAAUGGAACAUAAGCGCAGAGUUAAGCAGGCAAAACGUGGCAGGGGUGGAAAGUCACAACAAAAUGGCGGUUCAAGCCGCGGAGGUCAUCCAUUACAGCAGCAUCAAACGCCUUAUGACGCGAGCAGGGGCUUGGAUUAUGAUGACGCUGACGAUGAUGGUCCAUACAAGCCUCUCUCACGGCCAGUUGGGUAUGCUGAUUCUAUUGGACGUAGCGAGGCGCCAGAAGAAGGAGCAUAUCAAGGUGGUCCAAAUGGGAAUACUCACAACCAAAAUAGAGAUACUUCCAGAGGCCGGGGAAGAGGCGACAGAGGAAGGGGUCGCGGAGAUAGGGGACGUGGAGAUAGAGUGCGAGGCAGAGGGGGAUAUCAAGACCGACGGGGAGGCAGCAGUGGCCACUCUCUUCCUCCACAGGGUCGCCCAAAUUAUCCACAACCGCCCCCGAAUCCCAGCCCAGGUCAAAACUUCACGCCCCAAUUUCAACCACAAGGAAGAGGCUUUCAUCUACCCGCUCAAACUUCUCCCAGCGUCCCCCCUACUGGAUAUAAUAAUGCAGCGUACUCACCUCAUCAACCACAGCUCCCAGCAUGGCCAUUCCCCCCACCUCCACAAUAUCAGCAGCCCUUCACAAAUAUGCCAAAUAUGCCAAAUAUGCCAAACAUGUGGCCAACUAUGCCCCCUCAAGCACCUUUGCACAGCGGUGCUUUCAUUAACCCAGCGUUCUUUGGACAUGCACAAGGAGGUGCGCCAAAUCAAUGGAACCCUCAAGGCCAACAGGAUGGAAGAGGUAGAGGUGGUUCGUAA